AUGGCAAACAAGACAACAUGGUUUAACGAAUUUACAUUGCUAGGAUUGACUGAUAAUGCUAAGAGUCAGAUUAUACUGUUUGUGUUCUUCAUGCUAGUCUAUAUCAUCACAUGUCUAGGAAAUUCUCUGAUGGUCAUCACAAUCACACUAUCCACAACUCUUCACACCCCAAUGUACUUCUUUCUAAGGAAUCUCUCUGUUGUAGAUAUAUGCUAUACCACCUCCACAGUCCCAAAGCUGUUGUCAGAUUUUUUAAUGGACACAAAACAAAUUUCCUUUUUUGGCUGUGUGGCCCAGUGCUAUUUUUUCUUUCUACUUGGAGGAAUAGAGCACUUCCUAUUGACCAUUAUGGCAUAUGAUCGAUAUGUGGCUAUAUGCCAUCCCUUACGUUAUAAUACCAUUGUAACCUCAAAGGUUUGUUGGGGCCUAGUUUUAGGUUGUUGGUUUGGAGGUUUCUCUAGUGUUCUUCUUCCCGUCAUUCUUAUAUCCAAGUUGCCAUUUUGCCAGUCUCAUGAUAUCAAUCAUUUUUUUUGUGAUGUCUCACCAAUCAUUCAGCUGGCAUGCAGUGACAUAGAGCAGCUUGAGAUGUUUAUAUUCUUCACAGCAAUUAUUGUUAUCCUUGGAUCUUUUUCUGUAAUAGUAAUGUCCUACCUAUGGAUCUUAGUGACCAUUCUAGAGAUCAAAACAUCCACAGGCAAGAAGAAGGCAUUUUCAACAUGUAGUUCCCACCUUACUGCUAUUUUUAUUUAUUUUGGGACAAUUAUUUUUAUGUAUAUUCGGCCCAAGUCUAAAAGUAACUUAAAUAUGGACAAGCAAGCAUCAGUGUUUUACUCUGUUGUAACUCCAACAUUAAACCCUCUUAUCUAUACUUUAAGAAACAAUGAAUUUAAAAUUUCACUGAAAGGGUUAUUCAGAAGAUUUAUUUCAUCUUAA